AAAAAGAGUCGUUCGUGAACCGCACAUCUCUACUGAAUAGCCAAGCAGCUUCCUCGGCUAGAGAAGGGAUCCGCACUGUAUUGUCACGGUUGGUUGACACGCAAUCCUCUUGUCUUCCAGAAAUGUGAUCUGCUUUUUUAACUCGAUUUGCCAUAUGAAAAUGUUAGGGAGUCGCCGACAUCACCGUCUGAACCGACGACAUCGUUGACGAAUAGCACAACAAACGCCGGGUUGAGUAGUAGUAUGCUGGACGUGGGGAAGUGGCCAGUGUUUGCUCUCCUGCCUCCAGAGGAACUGCGUCUGAUACGACAGGCCUGUGUGUUCGGCAGCGCUGCCAACGAAGCCCUCUAUGUCACCGUCAACGAUGAGGUGUUUGCCCUGGGCACCAACUGUAGUGGCUGUCUGGGUCUGGGGGACCUGCAGAGUACCAUAGAGCCCCGCAGGAUCGACGUGCUGUGUGGGAAGAAAAUAGUCUCUCUGAGCUACGGAACAGGACCACAUGUAGUCAUCGCUACUGCCGACGGAGAGGUGUUUGCCUGGGGGCACAACGGCUACAGCCAGCUGGGAAAUGGGACCACCAACCAUGGCUUGACCCCAGCCCAGGUCUCCACUAACCUGCUCAACAAGAGGGUGACGGAGGUGGCCUGUGGCUCUCACCACACCAUCGCCCUCACUACCGACGGAGAGGUGUUUGCAUGGGGCUACAACAACUCUGGCCAGGUGGGGUCAGGGUCGACGGCCAACCAGCCCACGCCGCGUCGGGUCAGCAGCUGCCUGCAGAACAAAGUGGUGGUUAAUAUCGCCUGUGGUCAGCUCUGUUCCAUGGCUGUGCUGGACAAUGGAGAGACCUAUGGUUGGGGCUAUAACUGCAACGGGCAGCUUGGUUUGGGCAACAAUGGGAACCAGCAGACCCCGUGUAGGAUCGCAGCUCUACAGGGAGUCAACAUUAUACAGGUUGCUUGUGGCUACGCCCAUACGCUGGCGCUGACAGACGAGGGCUUUAUUUACGCUUGGGGGGCCAACUCUUAUGGCCAGCUGGGGACAGGCAAUAAGAGUAACCAGGCUGUCCCUACACUCAUCAACACAGACAAGGAGAGGAUGGUGGAGGUGGCAGCGUGCCACACCAGCCAUACGUCUGCAGCUAAGACUCAGAGCGGUCAGGUGCUGAUGUGGGGUCAGUGUAGGGGUCAAGCUGUAGCCUGCCCUCACCUCACUCACUUCGCCAGCACUGACGAUGUCUUUGCUUGCUUCGCCACACCCGCUGUCACAUGGCAUCUCCUCACCGUGGACGGUGAUGACUAUCUGACGGUGGCCCAGUCUCUGAAGAGGGAGUUUGACAGCCCGGACAUCUCAGAUCUCAAGUUCCUUGUGGAUGGAAAGUGUAUCCACGUACACAAAGCCCUCCUAAAGAUCAGGUGUGAACAUUUCCGUGUGUUGCUGAACGAGACAGACGAGGAGUCUAUUGAGAUUCACCAGUUCUCUUACCUGGUCUACAGGGCCUUCCUCGAAUACCUUUACACAGACACCAUCAACCUGCCUCCGGAGGACGCCAUAGGUCUCCUGGACUUAGCUACGUUCUACCGUGAGACGCGUCUGAAGAGACUGUGUCAGGAGACCAUCAAGAGAGGCAUCUCUGAGGAAAACGCUAUUACACUGCUCUCUGCUGCCGUCAAGUACGAGGCCAGGGACCUGGAAGAGUUCUGCUUCAAGUUCUGUGUCAACCACCUGACCGCCGUUACGCAGACGCAGGCCUUCGCCGACAUGGACCACGAGCUGCUGAAGGCUUUCAUCAGUAAAGCUAGCCGAUAUGGGGCCUUCAAAAACUGACUUGUCGACAGCCCACUAGCUAAGACUCUGGGUUAAGAGACUGGGGAAUGGGU